AUGAAGGUCUCCACGGAGUUCCUGUCUCUGCUGCUCGUAGUAGCCACCUUCAGCUCCCCCACACUUGCUCAGGCCGUUUCUGUUUCUAUUCCCAUCACCUGCUGCUUUAAGGUGAUCAGUCAAAAGAUCCCCAUCCAGAAACUGAUGACCUACACAAAAAUCACCAACAGCCAGUGUCCACAGGAAGCCAUGAUUUUUAGGACUACAAAGGCCAAUGAAGUCUGUGCUGACAUCAAGGAUAAGUGGGUCCAGAAAUCUAUGGACUACCUGGACCUAAAGUCACAGACCCCAAAGCCUUCAACCAUCACCCCCAGACUAGGAAACAGAGCCUGA